GAGGCGUGGGCGUGGCCGCGGCGGGAGGGGCGGGGCCUGGCGGCGGCGGCGGAGGGAGCGGAGCGGAACCGGCCCGGCCCGAGAAUUCCGGAGGAUGAGCGGCUCCGUCUCUCCGGGCUCGGAUCCCGGCUCUCCGGCGGCUCCGGGCGGGAAGGAGCUGCCGGGUUCGGAUCCGGAGCCGUUUGCGGAAUUCCUGUGGAUGGAGAACGAGGAGGAUUUCGAUCGCCAGGUGCAGGAGGAGCUGCGGGAACAGGAAUUCCUGGAUCGCUGCUUCCAGGAGAUGCUGGAGGAGGAGGAGCAGCGGGAUUGGUUCAUUCCCGAGCGGGACCUGAAACCCGGAGCCGAGCGGAGCCAGGAGAUCCUGAGCAAGAGCUCCCUGAACCCGGACGCCAAGGAAUUCAUUCCCGGAGUGAAAUAUUGACCGGGAAGAGCCGGCAGAGACUGAUCCCGAUCCAGGGAAAAUCCGGGAAAAUCCAAGAAAAUCCGGGAAAAUCCGGGAAAAUCCCGGAGAGGCUCCGGCUCCCGGGAUCGGAUCCGGAUCCGAACGUUUUGGGGAUUUUUUCCCGGUUUUUUGGGGUUUUUAUGGGAUUUUUUGGGGGUUUUUUGGGAAUGUGGGGAAUGGUGGGAAAAUGAUGGGAAAAUGUGGGAAAAAUGUGGGAAAUCCUGGAAAAAUGAUGGGGAAAUAAUGGGGAAAAAUCAUGGAUAAAAGAUGGAAAAAUCAUGGAAAAAUCGUGGGGAGAAUUGUGGGAAAAUUUUGGGGAAAUCGUGGAGAAAUAAUGGGAAAAAUCAUGGGGAAAAAAAGGGAAAAUCAUGGAAAAAUCUUGGGAAAAUAAUGGGGAAAAUCCUGGGGAAAAAAAAAGGGAAAAUCUUGGGAAAAAUCAUGGAAAAAGAAUGGAAAAAUCCUGGGAAAAGAAUGGGAAAAUUGUGGCAAAAUCAUGGAAAAAUCUUGGGAAAAUCUUGGGGGAAAUCAUGGAAAAAUAUCGGGAAAAAUCAUGGAAAAAUCGGGAAAAAUAAUGGAAAAAGAAUGGGAAAAUCCUGGGAAAAAUCUUGGGAAAAACAUGGAAAAAUAUCAGGAAAAAUCAUGGAAAAAUGGAAAAAUCUUGGGGAAAAUCAUGG